AUGGCCCACGAGACAGGCGCAGACACGCCUACGCCUUUCUCGCCCGACUUCCCCCACUCGCACCACGCGCAAACAGACUCGCUGGUCAGCGUGCCCCUCACAGACUCGGUCCUCAGCUCUCCACUAGAAGAGUCCAUUCCCAGAACUGGUGGACUCGACCAUGACGAGGUAUGCACUACUCCCUCGACAAACCAACAAGCACUAACCCAAGCACAGCACAUGGCCGCUCUCCUCGCCCGCCUCGAGAUGGAAAACAACGCCCUCGCUACCGACCCCAAGGCUGGCAUCACCGCCGUCACCCUCUCCCACAACGACCGCAUUGUUUCCGUCGGCGGUGCCUCGCUGCUCAGUCUACACAUACCUAAAGAGGCCCUAGGCAUGAGCCUCGGCGACUUCUGGGCCUUUGUCACCCGUGACUACCAAGAGGCUUUGGCAUCUAUGCCUACCAUGACCCCAAUCAUGAUACACAAAGGAGUUCCCGACUUCUUGCGGCCUGUCGUCUGGGGAGGCAUUGCUGGUGCACGCGAAGAAAGACUCUACUCGGAAUUCGACCGUCUGCUAGCACAGAUCGAGAGCGAACCACCUACCUCGGACACUAUCAUUGACAAGGACAUUGGCCGCUGCUUCCCCAACCACCCUCUGUUUGCCCAGCCUGGUGCUGAGGGCCAGACCAUGCUUGGCCAGGUCCUGAAGUGCUACAACCUGUACGAUCCCGAGAUUGGCUAUUGCCAGGGUAUGGGCUUCAUCGUUGGCAUCCUGCUCAUGAAGAUGGAUGCCAGAGACGCCUUCUGUGUCUUUGUUAGGCUUAUGGAGAACCACGGACUGCGCGACUCGUACUCACACUCAUUGACUGGCCUUCACUCGCGCAUUUUCCAGUUCCAACAGCUCCUUACUCCGAUCGCUCCCAAGCUUGUCGCCCACUUCAAAGAUCUGGGUGUCGAGUUUGCGUACCUUUCGCAGUGGUUCAUGACCAUCUUUGCUACGACAUGUCCUCUAGACACUCUUUUCCGCAUCUACGAUAUUGUUCUUGCCGAGGGUGCAGAUGAGACUGUCAUGCGUGUUGCCUUGGCUCUCAUCCUUAAGAACGAGCAAAAACUGCUUGCUAUGGCCGAGUUGGAGGAUGUCUUGCAGCUGCUUCUCUCUCGCCAAAUCUGGGAACCGUAUGAGAACAACCCGGAUCAACUCAUUGAGGAAGUCACCACCCUUUUCAAGCAGGUCGUAUCCCGUGAUGCUCUCGACAAGUUAGGCAAGCAAUUCCUCAAACAGGCUGAAAGAGGCUCGGGUGAUAGAACCGUCCGUGCUCUAGGCUUCACCAGCACCUAUGGAAACGCCUUCAGGCUCUUUGACUUUUGGUCCAAGAGCGAUUCCCUUUCGCCAGCUGCACCCCUUCGUCGCAAAGCGUCUGGUCAGUCGCUCUCAACGCUCAACUCUAUCUCUGGUAGUGGAGCCAGCAUGCUCAGCACGGAUAGCUACGCCAGCACCGCACCGACCGAGGUCGACGACCCCGAAAGAGACAGCGCUACGCCAACAAAGCCUCACAGAUCCUUCAUCUCGCAAGACAGGAACUUGCACGAACAGGUCGAGGGUCUGUUGAUUGCGCUUAGUGAAGUCCAACGCGAGGCAGCCCAGACUGCAGCGAACCUCCAGCGCGAGGAAGCCAGAAGAACUAGAGCUCAAGAGAUUGUUGCUGAUCUUCUCGAGUUGUUCCGUGAGAAGAAGACUGUAGACGCGUACCGUAGGCAGCGUCGCACGACCCUGCCAUCCAGAAUCGACCACGAGAAGACUCGAGAUGAGGACGCUCGCCUUUCUCUCAAGGCCGGUGAAGCACCUUCCUCUGAGUCAAUCAGAGUCCGUCGCUCCCUCUACCGUCGCCACGAGAACAACAAGGCAUCUCGAGACCUCUCAGGCUCAUUCCCCGACAUCACAAUCUCCGUUCCCCGCGUGCGACCUCAUCAAACAAUCCCAUCGCCUCAAGCUACAACCCAACAACACCGUCCUGGACCUCCCCUCCGCAUGAUCAGAUCUCAAGACGGAACCGAAAUCCGCGCCAAACCCCAAAAAUUCGGCUCUGCCAGAAAAGCCACCGAAGCAGACUACUACUCCAGAGAAGACUCUGGCUCUGUCACUCCCACAACCAGCGCAGCAGCAACAAUACCCAAACGCAACUCGUCACUGACAUCCCAAACCAUCCUCUCCACACCCUCACACGCACCCCCCUCAGACGAAACCCUCCUCAUCGAACUCGUAGCCGCAAAAACCCGCGAAGCAACCGCCAUCCACGAAAACGAACUCCUCCAAAUCUCCCUCGACAAACAGCGCAGGCAAAUGGAGCAGCAAAAGGAAGAAAUGCAAGCAAAGAUUGACGCCAUGGAGGCAAUGAUGCUAGCACAAAUGGAAGCGCAUGAAAAUGAAAUGGAAAGGAUGAAAAUGUUGGUGUCGAGGCCUGAUACGCCGGGGAGUAUGCAGGGGCCUAGUCCUAUGGGUACGCCGGAGAUGUUGGCGCCGGUUGCUACGGGAGGAAAUGGGCAGAAAGUGGGGGCUUGGGGCUGGUUUGCAAAGGGGAGGACGGUGAGUCAUUCGUCUACCAUGUGA